AUGGUGACAAUUCAAGUAUACUCGAGGAAGAGAAAGCAAUCACAGGAAGUUUCUUCUUCUCAAGUAGAGGCUGAUACCUCUCUCACUGCACAUGAAAACGAGCAAAUCAACAAUGCUCCUCUCGUUGUCGCUGAUGCAGGGAUUCAAUCACUUCCUAUGCUGCCACAAGAUUCUGUGUUCAAAAUCUUGUCUGAGCUCCCUGUUGAAGUAAUUUGCCGUUUCAAAUGUGUGUGUAAACCAUGGGAACAACAGUUGUCCUCGGCCGACUUUGGUGAAGUGCACCAUGGUGCUCCCCACAUGACUUCGGAAACCUUUGCAAUAGUCUCUGUGUCAUCUGGAUGUUUCGCUCUUCGCUCCCUCGGCCGACAAAAUGCUAAGGUAGCUCUAAGAAAACUAAAGCUACACAGGGAGGGGGGUGUGAGGCAAUUUGCAUGCAAUCAAGGAUUAAUGUGUUAUAGAACUGUGGAUGAUGGUGAAAAUAUGUAUGUUUGCAACCCAAUUUCCCGGCAAUUCAUCGUCAUCCCGCUUAUCCCAGGUCAUGACUUUGAUAUUCAAGGUUUCUAUUUUGAUCCAUCAACCUAUAACUUCAAGGUGUGGGCAUGGUGCUGGCGUAUUGAUACAUCAAACAGAUGCCUUUGCAUGUUCAGCUCAGCAAUUGGAUUUUGGAAACCUUUUGCCCUGGGCCUAUGGGGGCUGGCAUACCCGGGACGGUUCUUGUGCAUGAGAAAUGUGUUGUACCAAAUAGAAGAGCAUUUUGUGCUCUCUUUCGACAUGGAAACUGAAGCAUGCAGAACGAUUCCAAUGCCUUCAGGGGCCUCUGGACUUCAGUGCAGCUUAUUGGAGUGGGAAGGACGGCUAUGCCUGGUUCAUGGACUGAAAAGAGGCGAAUUAUUGAUAUGGGGACUGACCGAAUCGACAUGGGAGAAAGUCACGAAAUUGUGUCUAGAGACAAGAUUCUACCGCAGAGAGAGAUAUCCUCACAAUUAUGUUUUGGGUGUUGCCAGCUACUGUCGAGAUCUUUUCGUCGCCCGAGUUGUACGGAAUUGCAUUGAGGUCUCUUCAUACGAUAUCAAUGGCAACAAAAGCAACAUCCAUUGGAUAUUUCAGCGGGAUUCCAAACUUUCUGAGAAUUCCAUAAUUAGAAUUUCUCCAUUCACACCAACACUCUUGCAGUGUAAGACUAUAGUCGAGCGGCUGCACAGGACAACAACAUAG